GAGGAGACGCGUGGGUUCGUGCAGGUCACCCGUUCGUCUCCUCCUCCCGCGGGAUCGCCAUUAAUGGCGUAAUUCUGAUUAAGACUGCUCUCUUUCUGUGCCCGCUAAUCACGAAACGGGUAUGUUAGGGAUUUUUGGUCCAAUUCUUCUUAGAGGUCCCCUUUUCUGCCCUCUAAUCACCUGACGGAUCCAGGACGAGGCGGCAGCGGGGCCACGGGCGACGACGGCGGUGCUGACGCCGCCGCUGUCGCUGGAUGGAGGACUGGCUGCGGAGCACCGCCCCCCCAACCUUCUUCGACGGGUGUUGAGUUUCUUCGGGAGCGUACGGCCAGGAUCCGAUCUCACUCAAUUCCAGUUACCUUCUCUCUUCAACAUGCCAAAAUCACAACUUCAAUGCUAUGGGGAAGCAGUUUACUGUUUCGGUGAGGACUACUUAAACAAAUGUGCCAAAGGAAAGAGCAGCCUUGAAAGGUUUGCUUCGGUAGUGGCAUGGAGCAUAUCAACUACAAGACCCGCAUUAUUUGGACAGGCUCCUUUCAAUCCCAUUCUAGGAGAAACUCAUCAUGUCUCCAGGGGAUCCCUCAACGUGCUCCUCGAGCAGGUCUCGCAUCACCCCCCAGUGUCUGCCCUCCAUGCAACUGAUGCAAAGGAUAAUGUAGAACUGAUAUGGUGCCACAAACCAGUUCCCAGGUUCCAUGGUGCAAGUGUUGAAGCUGUAAUCAAAGGAAAGAGGCACCUGAGGCUCUUGAAGUUUGGUGAGAACUACGAGAUGGAUUCACCAAACUUGUUGAUAAAAUUACUUCCAACAACUGGUGCUGAUUGGGUUGGGGAUGUAAGCAUCAGGUGUAAAGAUUCUGGUCUUGAGGCAGAUCUCUGCUAUUACAAGAGCCAUGCAUUCCUUGGAUUUGGUGGCAGCUCUAAGUCUAUCAGGGGAAAGAUAUUUCACUCAAAGACACUAAAGACUAUCUACGAGAUCGACGGCCAGUGGGACAGAAUUGUCAAACUGAAGGAUGUCCACAGCGGGGAGGUCACAAUCUUGUAUGAUGCCAAGAAAGCCAUCUCAGGACUUAAGACUCCUAUUCUGCAGGCUCCACAGAACUUGUGGCCUACCGAAUCAGCUACGGUGUGGAGCGAAGUAAGCCAAGCCAUUUUGAACAAGGAAUGGGGAAAAGCUUCAGCGGCAAAGCAGAUCAUAGAGGAGAAGCAGAGGAAGCUGCAACGAGAACGGAAAUCUAGUGGGGAACUUUGGGUCCCCAAGCAUUUCACGGUCACCCAUACCAAGGAAAAUGAGUGGGAUUGCUCGCCCUUGGAGCAGUCGGUCCCACCUGCUCCAAUUAUCGUUCAUCCCUGACAAAUAAAAAAGAAAAAAAAGAAAAUAAACAGGUAUUUAAGUCUUCUUCCUUUGUAUUCGUUAAAAUAAACGGAUAUUUUAUUUAUUGAUUUAUGAUGCUCUAAUAUUCUGAUUGUCUUUAA